CGGAGUCACGGGGUGGGGUCACCUGCCGUGGUUUGGGGUAGCAGACUAGGAGGGGAGGGGGCCGUGGGGGCGGCUCGGGGGAACUAGCCCCGGCUUGGGGGCAGCGGCGACUGCGGGGGCCCGGGCCAGGGCUUUCUGGACUUCGGUGAAGCCGCCCAGGGCCCCAUCUUCCGGCGCUCGCGGAGUUUGUGGUGAUUGUUGCUGCCAAGGCUGCGGCCCCGGCUGCCAUCUCCUCCUCCUCCUGGGCCGCCUCCUCCUCUUCCUCCUCCUCCUGGGCCGGGCCGUUCCCCCUCCCCGCAGCCGCCUCCUCCUGGGCCGGGCCGCGGUGUCUCGUCCCCUAGCGGAGCUGCUCCAGCCGCCGCCGCCGCUCCUCAUUCAUCCUCGUGCACCAUAGGCGGCACAGGCACCAAGAUGUCCAACCGAGUGGUCUGCCGGGAAGCCAGUCACGCUGGGAGCUGGUACACAGCCUCAGGACCUCAAUUGAAUGCACAGCUAGAAGGUUGGCUUUCACAAGUACAGUCUACAAAAAGACCUGCUAGAGCCAUUAUUGCACCCCAUGCAGGAUAUACGUACUGUGGGUCUUGUGCUGCCCAUGCUUACAAACAAGUGGAUCCGUCUAUUACCCGGAGAAUUUUCAUCCUUGGGCCUUCUCAUCAUGUGCCCCUCUCUCGAUGUGCACUUUCCAGUGUGGAUAUAUAUAGAACUCCUCUGUAUGACCUUCGUAUUGAUCAAAAAAUUUACGGAGAACUAUGGAAAACAGGAAUGUUUGAACGCAUGUCUCUGCAGACAGAUGAAGAUGAACACAGUAUUGAAAUGCAUUUGCCUUACACAGCUAAAGCCAUGGAAAGCCAUAAGGAUGAGUUUACCAUUAUUCCUGUACUGGUUGGAGCUCUGAGUGAGUCAAAAGAACAGGAAUUCGGAAAACUCUUCAGUAAAUACCUGGCGGAUCCUAGUAAUCUCUUUGUGGUUUCUUCUGAUUUCUGCCAUUGGGGUCAAAGGUUCCGUUACAGUUACUAUGAUGAAUCCCAGGGGGAGAUUUAUAGAUCCAUUGAACAUCUAGAUAAAAUGGGCAUGAGUAUUAUAGAACAAUUAGACCCUGUAUCAUUUAGCAAUUACUUGAAGAAAUACCAUAAUACAAUAUGUGGAAGACAUCCCAUUGGGGUAUUAUUAAAUGCUAUCACAGAGCUCCAGAAGAAUGGAAUGAAUAUGAGCUUUUCCUUUUUGAAUUAUGCCCAGUCAAGCCAGUGUAGAAGCUGGCAAGACAGUUCAGUGAGUUAUGCAGCUGGAGCACUCACGGUCCACUGAAGCUCUGAAUCCUCAGGGAUGCCACCUGCACUUACUCAUACUCUGUCUAGGGUCCCAGCCUAGCCCUUACAAAGAUACUGUUCUUGGUUUGGGGGGAUUCUGAAACCUCAAACUAAUAGAACUUUUCUUCUGUUCUUUUCUAGUAGGUGUAGUCCUUCCUUAAUUUCAACUCAUUAAAAAAAUGCUUUGUUGUUUAGGGCAGUGGAAAGAUGGCUGGCAUCAAAAUAUUUUGAUCAAAAAAGAUGACAAUGUAAAGGCCCAAUUGUGGCAGACAGUUUUUUGAAAGUAACUUGUGAAGCAUUUACCAUAUCUUAAAUUUGCACUCUUUGCAUACUUGUGCACAUAUAUUCCGCUUUCAGAAUAGUUUUGCAAAUUGUAUACAAACAAACAAACAAAGGGGUGGAAGCUUUUUAAUAAAGAAAUUGCAUUUAUAAAUGUUCUGUAUUAGAAUAUAAUAAAUCUCCAGUUAUGGUCGAUUACUACCCAUGUACAACAGAUACCUUCUAUCUUAGUUGCUAAUAAAGGGCUACACAACUGAAAAUAGUCUGAUUUAAA